AUGGCUGAGCUGCUGUAUUCUUUACAGGUCGGCGAUGAGAAUGCUGCUUUGGGUUACGUCCACGAUAUUAUAUCUGAAGCCAGCCAGCAAGGCAUCCUUGGAAGUAUUUUGGGACGUUCUGACACAGCCGAAAACAAUGACAAUCUGUCUUGGAUGGCGGCUAUUUUAUGGAAGGCCACCUGGUUAAACAUGCCUGUCAGUCUUCUUCUAGAAAACAAGACGCCAGCCGAUAUCCUAGACAAUAUCGUAUCCCGCUUCCCCUCUCAAUUGUAUCUAGCAUCAUAUCUUGGUCACACCAGCGUUGUUUGUCUCUUGUUGCAGCACGGGACAAAUAUCGGCGUUCUUCGCGAAGGAAAGUACGGGGUGUGCUGGGUAGCGGCUGCUAGAGGACACGCAAAUGGUGUGCGCGCUUUGGUGGAGAGCAACCGUGAAUUGCUAGAAAAGGAAGCACCAGAGACUCCUCUCUACGCUGCCUCAUUCCAUGGCUGUUGGAAAGCUAUCAAGACUCUCAUCAGCUUGAAAGCGACUCCCGAUUUACGUAAAGACAAGCUCGAUUGA